AUGUUGUUCAGAUUAUCGACCUUCCUCGCUGUGAUCGCUACCUUGCUCGAGACUGGAGCAGCCUCAGUUUUCAGGCGGCAGUGCACUACGACCUUGAGCGAUGCGACACUUGUCGCAAACCAAUUGCAACUGCAUUACUACAAUGUUUUCACAGGCACAUACAACCAGGGCGAGUUAUGGACUGAUGCGAAUUCAUUGGAGGACCUGCACAACUUGAUGCUGGCAACUGGUUUUAACGACUAUGAAAAUGUCGCAGAUACCUCGUACAUAGGCAAGGCCGCCUUGGAUCCAGACACAGACUGGGCGAAAUUCCUGUAUGGUAGUAACGAUGAUGCUCAGUGGGUCAUUUUAGCGCUAUGGAAAAUCGCGGACUACAAGUCUGCGAGAGGUCAAGAUAGCAGUGCAUAUAUUUCUAGUGCAGCCAAAAUCUAUGACAUAGUUGCAAGGGAAUGGGAUGACACCUGUGGAGGUGGAGUGUGGUGGUCGACUGAUCACACGUAUAAGAAUGCUAUCACUAAUGAACUGUUUUUGUUGACUUCGGCUGCUGGGCACCUGCGGACGAAGAACGAAACGUACCUUGAAAAUGCGAAUAAGGAAUGGACUUGGUUAAGCGCAAGCGGAUUGCGUGGCCCCAGUGGACUGUUCAAUGAUGGCCUUGACUCGAAGACUUGCCAGAAUAAUGGGCAAACCACCUGGACUUACAACCAAGCUGUUGUCGCUUCAGGUCUUGCAGCUCUUUAUGCUGCAACGGGCGACGAAAGCUUGUUAGAUCAGGCUGAAGUCAGCUUGGAUGCCACUAUGAGAUCACUUAUUGACAAUGGCAUACUGAGAGAAUCUUGCGACUUUGCGGUUUCUAAUGAUGAAAAUUGCAACCGCGAUCAGGUACUGUUUUUCCGCAAAGGUAUCUGGACUAAACAUGUCCAGUAUUACUUGGACAAUGCCGAUGACAUUUCUCGCAUCGCCAAGUACAGCCAUUUCCUUGGCUUUCAGCAUUUGGGCGUUGUACGCCAUGCGACAAAUCCUGCACAUGAUGUUGGAUCGGUGUGGUAUGCCGCAGAUCGAGGAGGAUCGCAGUGGAGUCCAGAAGCUUCAGCGAGUGGCCUUCAGGCCCUCAUAUCUGCUGCAAAGGUGCGCAAAUCUAGUUACCUGGUAAAACACCAAAUUCACAGGAAUGCCAGUACGGUCCAUGCUGAAGCAUCCGUACUAUGA